AUGGCCCACCUUGGCCGGGGGUGGUUCAACGACCACAACGCCAGCGUCGCGUUUGGCAACAUCCUACGCAACUACAAGCCGCGCACAACGUCGGGGACGUCCGCGUUCGACAAGGUUAUCAAGACCGCCGCAUUUCAUCGGUGGUAUGCUACACCGGAAAGUGAACGCGGUCUCGGCCCGACGUACUACCACACCGCCGUGAACAACCCCGCAUUCGCCGCCUAUUACAAGGAUUGGCAUGCGGGCACGAAGCGCGAGAAGUCGUGGUCCCUCGAAGACGGCCUUGACGCAACUUCGGGGAAGCCAGACCAUGUAUCUGAAACGCCGACAUCGAAGCGCAAGCUGAUCGAGACGACGUCGACCAGCAAGCGCCAGAAGCUCGCGAAGCGCCACAUGGCCCAUGCCGCGUCCCAGGACGCGGUCGCCAACGCGAUCGACGUCGAAGCGAUUACCCUACGGCCGUCUGCUUCGUCGAUUACGGUCGGUGGCGUUUCUCUUACACGACUGCACCUCAAGGCACUCCUCGAGACCGACAAAAUGCUGUGCACAGCGCUCGUCGAUUUCGGCGCCAUGGCCAUAGCACGCCCGUAUGACGUUUCGACGAUCCAAAUUCUCAACACCGCGGCUACGGGCGCCUGCAAGAAGGUGGACCUGCGUGCCAUGGUCACCGUUCUGCUCUUUUGCUCUGGAUUGCACUUUUGGCUCGAGGUCGUUGAAGGUGACACUAUCUACGUCCUCGAUUCCUUGCCCACCCACCGCGUCCGCGGAAGCUCCGUUCGCUGCAGCACGCAAGGUCACCAGGAUACGUUCACGACGGUGAUUGUCGAUGUCAAGAAGCAAUCACCGUCGUGA